AUGCAUCUCCACCCAACCAUCCCGCUUGUCGUCUUCCUGGCUCGGGCCUCGGCCCAGGUUCACAGGAUGGAGUUCGCCGACUCCUCCUCCCCCUCCAUGCGCUUGCUGGCCGCCGAGUGCCCUGCAACAGCUGAGAUGCCCAAGUGCGCCAUCAGCUGCAUCGACACGGCCGCGUCCUCCAACGGCUGCCCAACCGCCUCCGACCUCACCUGCCAGUGCAACAACUGGGCCGCCAUCCAGCAAGCCGCCGCCCCCUGCGUCAUCGCCGCCUGCGCGGCAAAAGCCCCCGAUGUCCUCUCCAUCGCGAGCGAGAUCUGCUCCCAGUGCGCCGGCGUCCCGGUCGCCCAGACCAUGAACGGGGAGGCGAACUUGCAGUGGGCGGCUGCUCAGCCUACGGGGAAGGCGUCGGUUCGUCGUAGUCAGGAGGGCCAGCUUCGCGAUUGGGAGGAUCUCUGGGUGGAUGAGGAAGGGAAGGGGUGGGUGACCUUGCCGAGGAGGGCUGUCGUUGGUGCCGUGGCCAAGGAGACGGGACGGCCGGUGGUGCCGAGGGAGGUUUUGGAGCAAGACGGAGACAGGAAGAUGCUGGCCCGGGCUGACCGCAAGCCGUUGGGACCGAUCGACAUCAACUCCCUUGACCUUUCAGAAACGGGUCCCGAGCUCCCUGGCUUUGGGUCUGGCAAGUCAACGGACCCUGAGGAGCCUGACUUUGGCACUGACGGCGCCCUCUCUUUCCACUGGGAGGGCCCGGAGCUUCCUGACUUUGAGUCUGACGAGUCCCAGGCCGGCUUUGGGUUUGAAAAGUCUAAGAGUCCCGAGCUGCCCGAUUUUGGCGGCGAGCCCACUGAACUUCACCCUUGCUGGCCAGCAGGCUACCGGGGCUCUGGAAGCUUGCGGUCGUGUGAUGACUUGCCCGACCACGACGGUGACAACCUUGGCGGAGCUGAGGAGAAGGAUUUCGAGCGGACGAGAUCCCGCACGUGGAAGAGAAAGACUGAUCUUGUUUAUGAAAAGGAGCAGGAGAGGUUGAGGCAGUUGAAGGAUAUGAAGGAGCAGGAGGAGCAGGGUGAGCAGAUGAAGUGGACGUGGUAG